AUGCCUCAGCAUGGAUUCAAAUGUAAUACUAAUGUAUCACAAGGAAAUCCAGGUCUAAGCUCAUAUGCUUUUUGUAUUAGAGAUGACAGGGGAGAUCAUAUUUAUGCACAGGCUAAAAACAUUGGCAUUGCAGCAAACAUGGAGGCUGAGACAGUGGCAGUUCAGGAGGCUAUACAAUAUUGUCUUGCACAUAGUUUGCAGCAUGUUCAAAUAGAAACAGACUCAUUAGCCUUAAAGAACAUAUUACAAGAUGCAUGGAAAAUACCUUGGCAGCUGAUAGAAAGAGUGGAGCAAAUGCCGCACAUCAUGAGGCAGCUGAACAUGCAGAUCAUGCAUACAUUUAGAGAAGGCAACCAACUGGCUGAUUUCUUGGCAAACACUGCUACUCAAGUUGAGAGUUGUUAG